CCAGUGCCGUAUCUGCUCUCCAGCCCGCAGCCGGCAGCGGCUGUGUGUGCGCGCUAAUGACGGUGGAAGGUGCCUGGGGGAGGGCCUGGGGAGGGGCUGCCCGGCGCAAUCGCGCCCCUGGCACUUCCUAACAGACUCAGCCCUUUCUCUGCAGCUGCCACUUGAAGACUCCACACUUUCCCCCCAGAGGAAAGGAGCCAUCUAUCUAAAUCAGCUGUACUCUCCACAUCCCUCGUUUCUCCCUCCGCCAACCGCCACCCCCACCCCUUCCAUUGUGUUGUGCCUUUAGCUCCGCUUCCUGCGUAAGACCCUAACCUCAUUUGUGGCAGGAGGGAUUACUGAGAAUUUCGGAACCUCGAGUUUCAAUGGAGCUGUACGGAAAGAUGGCCUCUGCCCAAGAUGCCAGGUAUGGCCAGAAAGACUCCUCUGAUCAGAAUUUUGACUACAUGUUUAAACUGCUCAUCAUUGGCAACAGCAGUGUGGGGAAAACAUCUUUUCUGUUCCGUUAUGCGGAUGACUCCUUUACCUCUGCAUUCGUCAGCACAGUUGGAAUCGAUUUCAAAGUAAAAACCGUAUUCAAAAAUGAAAAGAGAAUCAAGCUUCAGAUUUGGGACACAGCAGGCCAGGAAAGAUACAGGACUAUCACCACAGCUUAUUAUCGUGGGGCCAUGGGCUUUAUUUUAAUGUAUGACAUCACAAAUGAGGAAUCCUUCAAUGCGGUACAGGAUUGGUCAACUCAAAUCAAAACAUACUCUUGGGAUAAUGCCCAGGUUAUCCUGGUUGGGAACAAAUGUGACAUGGAAGAUGAGCGGGUCAUCUCAACCGAGAGAGGCCAGCAUUUAGGAGAACAGCUUGGUUUUGAAUUUUUCGAAACAAGUGCCAAGGAUAAUAUUAAUGUCAAGCAGACAUUUGAGCGUCUUGUGGAUAUCAUCUGUGACAAAAUGUCAGAGAGUUUGGAGACCGAUCCGGCCAUCACUGCCGCAAAGCAGAACACAAGACUCAAGGAAACCCCUCCUCCACCGCAGCCCAACUGUGGCUGUUAAUGUCCCCACGCACACAGGCGGGUCCAGGAGGGCUGGUUGCUAACCGCCUUUAAAAAUGGUCUAUUAGCCUUCAUUUAUACUGCCUAAUAAUUAUUUGAGGGAAAUCUUUGAUGUCAAUGGCUCGUACAUGCAUUCAAUUCUUGGGAGAUUUCCUGUGUUAAUAUGUGGCUAAUAUGUGAUCUUAAAUUUGUAAGGACUAUCCAUCUAUAAACAUCUGGUAUUUGCAUGUGAUUUGUUAUUUGUCUUCUAGGCUCUUUUUGUUUCAGAUUUCUUCUCAGAUUAAGCUACUGCUGGGACCUCAGACUAUAAUUUCACUACAACUGACUUUUGUGCUACGGGUUCAAAAUUAUGCUGUUCACUUGUAGGGAAAAUAAUCAAGUAAUUGCUUGCGUGUGUGUGGGCAGGAAGAGAUCUCAGGAGACCUUAUUUGCUUUACUCUAGUUGAAAAUCAAGUGGAAAUAUUACUCUUGAUUAGGGAGACUGUCAUGGGUCUGGUCAGUUUACUGUUCAGGAAAUAUGUCUAUUUUUCAGUGUUCUUUAUAACUGAGGAGACCGUUGACUAUAAAGAAAUUGAAAUAUUGUUUUUAAGGCCCUUGCAAGUUUCCUAAGAGAUUAAAUCUAAUUUUAGUCAGGUAAAUAUUAAAGAGUAAUUUUAGUUUAUCUGUUUAAAUAAGAAGUACCCUAACCCAGGGCUGCUUUUCCCACUGAUUCUACCCAACAUUCUGAAUAUUUGAGGGCACUGGCGGCCUGAGAGUAUCUGCUGAAUGCGUAAUGCAACAAGCAUUUUAACCAAGAGGAAGAGGAGUAGCUGGAGAAUUCCAAGGCCUGAGCUCCCCCCAUUUCCUUAAUAACUAGCCCCCCAUAACAUACAAACUUUCUGGAACCAUUACCAACUCUUGGAGCAGAGGUUAAGUUGAAGUUUGUGACAGCAUAAGAGGUAGGUUUGCUUCCCUAACCUCUGCCUUCUGCUCACACGUCAGCUGAGUUCUUUUGCCUAGUUAAAAGUUAUUUAAACAGUAUCACAAUGGCUCCCAGGUUGAGGAAAAGACAAUUUUCAUCUCUAAUCUUUUUCAAUGCUGGUGUUCAGAAAUCCCCCCUUCUGUGAGCAUUUAAAAAUGUGUAAGUUGCUCAGCAUACUCUUUGGAGCUGAGAGUUAUAGAACCACUUUAGGAUGCCGUCAGCAAUUUGGGAAGAAGAAGGAAACCAUUGGAACACUGAGAUUCUUCCUCCCAGAUUUCCUGAAGACUGUGUACAAAAAGCAAGCAAAUCCCACCAGCUCUUCUGACUGAGCGCUAGAGGGAAGCUGGCGUCUGUGUCAUUCCCCAGCAGUGUUUGCAGGUGGAGUUUAAGCAGCAGCAAGCACAGGUUGGCAGAUUUGGAAGUGAGCUUCCCCCCUUUUUGGUGAUCAUGUCAAAGAUGUUUUCUCCUCUUUUCAAAAAUAGAAACACUUUCUAUGAAAGAAUUGGAUGCAAGUUUAUUAGACAAGAAUAUUGACAGGGAAACACGCAUGUAUCUAGACAGAUCUCUGGAGGAUAAAUGCCUGCAAAUCAGGAAAGUAGGGCACAUACAUUUGAGAAAGUUAGAAGAUGAAAAUUACAGGAGAGAGAAUUUGGGAUGUUUUAAGCAUAUCCAUGUUAUUUCUCAUAUUCUUAGCUUAAGAUCCACUAAUGGGUAAUAAAUUUCUACUUUGGCACCCUGCAAGGCAGGCCUUAGCUCAGUGAAGACAAGAAAACAUUAAUGCUUUAUUAGAUUUUAAUGGGGUGACCAGAUUCAAAAAAUCACAUAAAUUAAAAUGAAAGGACAGAGACAAGGCAGGGGGCAUCAAAACAGAUUUGUUUGCAACAGAAGCCUGUUUGCAUGAUAUUGUAUUAUUUCUAUAACUUGGACUAGAAAGUGGUCAUGUUGAAUAACAUAGCUGUUAAGCUCACUUUUAAUAUGAAGCAAUAAAGCCAGGCAGACCUUCUCAUCCUCUCUCACAGUCCCCAUCCCACACAUACAUACAGAUGUCAAGGGCCUAAAUAUGAUGUUUCAAAUGGCUUUUCCAGAAGGACCUUAAUAUGUGUAUUACUGUAAAAUGAGAGAUGGUAGAAAAGUGGAAGGGAAAGAGUUGAGUUUUGCUUUCUUGUAAACCCCUUUCUAGAAAUCUGUCUAAAAGGACAGAUUACUAUUGAAAUUAAUUGGCCCUAGGACCAGAAGACCCAAAUCCAGUGCCUACUUACACAGUGCCCAAUAUGCCAAAGUUAAACUACUUUUAUGCCAGUCAGGGGAAUGUGAUGCAACAGCAGCCCAAGUGAUAUUGCCAAGAAACAUUUGAUAAUUUCUAUUUUCCAAACCUCAAUGAAAGCAAAGCCUUCCUAACUGAUUCUUAGUUCUGAAACUCCUACCCUGGUGCGAAUUACAUUGAGCGAGAAGUUUCCAAAGAGGAUUGUCACAGAAUUCAAGUGAAUGCACACCUAUGUUUCUGCUGUAAAGCACAUGGAAAGAGAUUAUUCUCCAUUCCUAAUCUCAUCAAGAGAUCUUGGCUUUAUAAUCAAAUUUGGCAAAAGAGGAACCAGCCCAGGGUUAACGAAGUGAGCUUCUACUGGAAUCCAGGUAUAUUACUUAUAAAUUAGAACAUUGUAGUUCCAAGGCUUUUCCGUCUUUGGCCAACACAUGCACUCGGCUACACGCCCAUGCACACACACACACAUGCUAUACCCCCUACAUUCUCUCCAUCUGCCAACAGAUUAAAUAACCACAGGUCAUUUUUACUAAAUGCCUAAUUAAAUUUGUUUUCAAAAAAACAAGACACCUUAAAAAGUAUAUACUUCUGUUUGUAAAUUUUAGACAUCCAUCUUUUGUCUUUGAUACAAUUCAAUUAGUGUCUCAAGUAUGAAUUUCUCUUCCUCUGCCACCCCUCUCCUCACCACCCCCAGCUCUCCAAUCGCUUUUAGAAACAAACUUUGAUUGUUUUGAGCAGACACAUCCAAGAGCUUUGGUUUGGAUGCAUUAGUUUUCUUUCCUAAUGUCAUUGAAAAAUGUGACUGGAAAUUAAUUCAUCUAAAUAGCCAUCCACAGAGCGAAUCUGCGUUUCAGCUUUUUGAGAUGUGAAUGGAUGUAGAAGGUGUGUGAAGUUUCUUAAGUCCUAAGAUGGCAGUUUACAAGUUAGCCUCACAUCUAUGGGCUCGCAAGAAGAAUUGCUUCAGGACAGGGAACUAAUUCAUUGCUGCUGCCCCCACUGAACAGCUUCUACUGCCUUGAGCUCCCAAAGACUAUAAGGUCCAAGAGGUUUGUAUAGUUCCUCCCUUAGGUCACUUGAAGUCAGUAUCCCCUUGCUGCCUGGUAAAUAAAUGCUAAGAUUUUUAUUUGGAAAAGGAACUAUGAUGAUGCCUUCAGUUGUAGCAGGAAGCUGCAGCAUUGUUAUGAUAAAUGUGAAGCAUAUAUUCUACAAAAUUACAACCCAAAUUAUAUAAGACAUCUAUAUACUCAAUAAACAAAUAUAUAUUUCACCUACUUAGUUCUUACCCCAGAUUAAUGAUAGUCCUUUUGUUUAGCACAUGGGUUGUUUUUCAGGAACUAAUUUAAGCUUCCAUUUUUAACUAUAUCUAUGCUGAGAAUGGACUUUCAGGUAUGCAAUGUUCUUUUUUAAAAGUAAAAUACAGUCCACUAUUAGCUGAACUUCCAUGAAGCAACAUUAAUUUUGAAGUGUGGUAGUUGGUAAUCAGUGGCUCAUUGUGACACACUUUAUCCAAUGUGUAUCUUAGUGUUUGGUGAGUAUAUACUAUGUCAUCCUUCAGUCAACCGUGUGACACCUGUGGGACUAUAUUAAAAAUGCAUCCAGACUCUACCAAGCUAUCCCAAGCCUGAAGUAGCAGCUGCAUUUGAAAAACUGUGGGAUAAAUCUUACCUUAAAGUCAUGACUAAAACCCUUCUAGAUGAAAAGUGUUUGUUAAUAAUUUUCAUAUACUAUUAGAAUUCUCAAUCAGGUAUUUUGGUGUAGCAUACUUGGGAAGUGGCCUGUCUUUCUGUCUGAAGAAUCCUCUCUCUCUAGAUUAUAGUUUGCAUGACUGGUACCUGGAACUCUUGGUUCCUUUGUGUGUAUACUCGCUCAGUGUGCGUGUUAGGGUGCCACGUGAGCAACUACACCUAUGUGGCCUUUCUAAUCACCCCCUGGAAGAUGCAACCUUUACAGCUCUGCUUAGCUUUGCCUAUUCGUGCAUACUACCUGGUUUGAGUAGUUUACCAGUAAAAUGGUGAAGUCUUUCUGAUGAGUUGAACAGUUAGGGUCAGCUUUUUAGAGUCCUUUAUAUUUUAAGUGAAUUUUUGACCAAAGCCUGUUGAGGAGAUAAACCGGUUUUAUAUUCUGAAAUGUAUUAGGACAAAUUAAGUAAAAGAUGAAGUUUAUGACCAGAAAAAAGCAUCAUUUAUCCUAACAGUGCACCUAAAGGGCUCCAGGUUCUAGAAAUACAGCAUCCCCUAAGAGGGCAAAAACAGGUCUGGGGAUUUUACCUAAAACGUAUCUACCUAUUGUUAUUGGUAUUUCAUAAACAAAUGUAGCUUUUUUCUUAAAAACCUUUACAGAAAUGCUUGACACUCCAGUCAAAGAAUAUUUCCCUUUGGUACAUUAAAAUAUUUACACUUGGGCCACACACAGUGUUGCCCCUCCCAACCCAUACACACUCCCACACAGAGAUAUCUUUUUUAUGAAUGGAAAUUUCCAAUAUGGUGCUUUCUCAGUGCUGUGGAAAAGGGAGUUUUAGCUGUGUUCCAACUGUAACUCACAUUUUGUUUAAAAAGGUCUACAAAAUAGAUUCUUUGCGCUGCUGUGACUUGUGUAUCUAUGCACAUAAUUCUCAUUAAAAAGAGGAUAGAGAGAAAAUACAGUUUGCAAACAUUCUAGACAAACGAUAUUAAAUUUCAAAACCUGUCAGAGCUUGAGUACUAAGAUCAGAACCUCUAGCUGGUGGACAGACUGAACAUUCUAUUUGCAGUUCUCUUUUCUGCUUCCUAAUUUUUUAUCUGCAUUUCAGUUUCUUAAAGCACUAUCCUCAUAGAAUGACAGGACCGAGAAUAGGAAAUAAGACUCAAGUUUCACCAUUCAUCUCCCACCAGCGCUAUUAUUGGUGAAGUUUUAACCAGUUAUUACUUGCGAAAUGAGGUUGGGGGUUCCCUGUGUAUCUCAUUCACCUGUGUUUAUAUUUUCCUUUGUUGUGGACAACUGAGAGUUGGCUGUGGCUUUAUUUCUUAAUGGAAGUAUUUCCAUAUUCAUGUUGUUUGGGGCUAGGGAUUGCUUGGUUCGUGAAUACUGUUCUUAAAGACACAGAUGGUACAUGAGCCACACAGAUACCUGGCCUUUCAGGGAUGUGAGCAUGACUUCCAUCUGUCUAGCAGUGCCAUACUCCUCAUAAAAGUGAAGUCUGGGGAUUGUGUGCUGUAUCAAUAUGAUGGUUUUCCACGCAUUGUUUCAUCAUCCCUAGGAUGUGUGCUGAAUGAAAACUUCCUGUAAUUCCUGUUAAUAUAUUGUUAAUGUCAGACGUGAUGUGAUCCCGUUGGGCUGUCCAAAUGUACAACUAUUUAAUGGUGUUUGUGGAACUGAAGUGUCUUAAAUGUUGCAUGAAAUAUGUAAUAAAAAUAGAUUUGUUUUCUAUUUUUCAACACCUCAGAAUUGAGGGUUCAUGGGCCAAUAAGUGCAAUAUUUAAUGACUUACUCAGUGUAUAUAAACUAGUGUGAAAGAGUGAAUUAUAAUGAAUGUGUGAGAUGCUUUGAUGGCUGUGUGACUUAUUCAAAUUAUUUCUUGUAGCUGUAUUUGUCUAGUGGUGCAAUUUAUACAGUAAAUAUCUUAUUGGUGUCAUGUGAAACUCCUCUGUGCCUACUUCAAAGUACUUUUUUUCCUAUAAGACACUUAGUGUCUGUGACUAUGUCAAUUUUGCCUUUUAGCACUGCGGAUUUCAUUUUCAAGACAGAACGGCUGUUAGUUUAUUUUAUACAGGCAUUCCCUUCUUUAAUUCAGACUUCUUACACCUCUUAUAAGAAGCUAAUUUAAAUACCUAAGAAAAAAAUAUGCACAUAAGGAAAAGUCAUUUUUAUUCUUCUCAGAAAAGUUGAUCACAUGUCGUGUCUACUAAAAAUUUUCACUCUUGUAUUUGUUUGUAUAUUUUAUUGUUACUCAACCUGGUUGUUUUGUUUUGUUUUGCAAAUUUAAUACUGUCAACCCUGGGAAUCCUAAAAUAGUGAUGUCUUUUUAGGUUGUAGCUAAUGUUAUAUUCACUUUCAAUUCUCAAUUGUCCACACUGAUGAUACAGGAGAAACAAAAGUCAGAAUCCUUAAAUCACUUUGGUGUGUCAUCGUAAUCACAUAUAUUCAUCCUCAAACCACCGUGGUUAAUCCCACAUUUGGUGGCCUAGAACUUCACUGAGAUGCAAAAAUCAAAAAAUUAGGCCCGGUUGCUGGAUUGCCAAAAACUAUACGUGUUUGUGUAUAUGAAGUUUAAGGUAGGUCAACUAACAUAAACUAUUUGCCAUUUUCAAGUUUUAAGGCAAAGCACUCAUUUGUAACAUUGUGCUUUGCCUUUUCAUUUAGUUAGCAGAGUAAAUCAUGAUACCCUUAGGAAAAAAAGUUGAGGUAUUCACUAAAAAUGAUGAAGAGCAGUUGGCUUUAGAUGACCGUAGCCAUCUGUACAUCAUAGGAAGCCUUCAGUUCUCUCAAUGACAAUAGCCUGAAAUCGACAUGUGGGGAUGUGCCAAUCGUAUUAAAUGGCUUUGGGCUACUGCUGGCAAUGAGUGGCCCUAUUUUAAAUGUGAUAGCCUGAAAUUUGUAUUUAGCUCUCAAACUCACUGAAGAAGUCAAGUUAAGGUGGGUGAAACGGAGAGAUUAGUGACAACUUUGUGCCAAACUUAAGAAAAAAAUGUAAGCAGGUAGCCAACAUUAGAAUGAUAAUUUAAGAGUGUGUUUAAAUGUUUAGUUAGUCAUCACUCAGUUAUUGAAUACCAUAUGCUCAGUGCUGUGAGAAUCAAACAUGGAAGAGGUAUGGCUCCUGCCCUUAAUAAGCUUACUGACUAAAGGAGGAGGAAAAAAAAAUGCCAGGAUAUAAUCUACAUGCUAAGUUAUGCCAGGAUAUAGGAGCACAGAGAAUGAAGGACCUAUAAGAACUGGAAGAGUUAAGAAUGGCUUCUUUAAAGAGGUCAGACAUGAUUCCAGAAAGAAUUAAGACUGAGGAGAUUGGACCAGGCCAAUAAGUGGGAAAGAUCACAGUAUGUUCCCCGUGAAUGGAAGGGUGACAGAGCCAGCAGCUAUAGAUCAUUACUUUCUCUAGAGAGCCAAACUGGCCUUCCGAAACCCAACAAAUCACCCCAGUUUGGCUCUCUCUGUUUUUGUCCCCAUGAGGAAGACAAGCUGCAGCAUCAUCAUAUUCCUCUGUGCUGAGCAAGCCCAGACUUGGCCACACAACACAAAUUGCUUUAAAGCCACAUUAGACAGUUGAUUUAGACAUUUUGCCCAUGCACCAAACCACAAGACAUUGUCUAAUCCAAUGUCAACCAGGCAGAUGCGUGCCCAGAGAUUUUUCUGUAGUUCCAUAUUUCCCAUAAAGGGUGUUGGGAAGUGCACAGAUGAAGACCUUCCUUUGUUACCGGGCACUUUUUGGCUCCUUCUCAGUGACUACACUGUGGAGGUCUUCUUGGGAAAAUAUUGAGUAACAGCUUAAUGCUUUCAUAUAGUGAUAGUGACAUUUAGUUGAAAACUACUGCCGCGCAGCAACUAUCGUGAUUCUUCAUGUGUCCACAGGAGCUCUUGUCUGGGUUUAAAGCUAUAAAGUGUAUUCACAUUGUGAAGUUUUAAUUCUCUUUAUUGAAAUUAAUGGUGUAAAAACUGUACGUGCUGUUAGGUAUUAAGUUUGAAUGUGAAUUCUGUAUAGAAAGUGGUUUUUGUUCUUUGGGUUUAUCUUGUUUUAUUUUUUGGAGAUUACAAUAAAUAUCUAAGAGAAUAUAUUCCUGAA